UUAUAUAGCUUGUUUCCCUUUGUGAAACCGUCUAGGAGCAGGAGGACAAGCUGUAGCUGGAUUAUAUAAUAAUAAUAAUAAUUAUUACUAUAAUUAUACUGAUCAUAUAUUACAGAGAUGUUUUUGAAAGGUCUACGGGUAGUUUAUGAAUAUAUGAUAAAUGUUUGACAUCACGAUGUAACGGGACUUGAUUUGUGUACUUUGUGAGUAAUAAGACCAAUAAACAAACCCACGUACAACUGUUACAAAGCCACAUUAUUUGCUGCAGGAUCCAGAAAAAACGUGUCAAAGAUGCAGAUGCACUUUGAAGCUUCAAGCACAGUCACGUUGCUCUUUGACUUCUGGAGUGUACACGGACCUGGAGGAAUGGUUCUUUCAGUCUUGGUGGUACUGCUGCUUACAGUAUUAUACGAGUUCCUCAAGGUGUGGAAGAACGUUCUUGUCAAACGGUCUGAAAUUCAUAGCUUCUCUCCAGAGCUGGAGCAUCCCGAGAGCAGCUCGUCACUAGCUAACAGUCCCUCCCAGGUGUCUCUGGCUCCCACGGAGAACACCACCGCCCCUGUUCUCGGCACUUCCACUGCAAACAGGUGCAGGAUUUAUAAUCUGGCUCCUCCAUGGCGUUCGGACAGGACUGCACAUUGUUCAGGUGGUUCUGGGAUACAUGCUUAUGCUCUGUGUCAUGUCUUACAACGUCUGGAUAUUCCUCGGAGUGAUUGUGGGCUCUUUGUUAGGCUACUUCAUCGCUUUCCCUGUCUCGGGUUAUGCAAUGUAACUGACCAAUGUAACUGUAACUGUUAAAUGUAGUAGAUGCAACUAAUCAGGGAUUUCUUUUUUUUUUCUUUUUAAAUUUCUUUCUUUCUUUUUUUUUUUAAACUGACAAACUUUACAAAUUAUGCAAAACAGCUGCCAGUCAUUAACCUCAGUGCCUACGUGUUUGUACUCGGUAUGAUUUUUAAAAAAAAAUGAUAUACUUUUCUUUUUAGAGAUUGCCGUGUGUUUUUUUAAAUUAUAAUCAAAUAAUCAAAUUAGCUUUAAGUUAAUUUGCUUUCAGAAUGCCAAUGUUAGAAGAUAGGUUUUAACACUCUGUCAUUGAAACGGUGCAAUUUCUGAUUAUAUGAUCGUUGUUGUGCUGCUUGUGCAUUUGCAGUCAUGCGUUUAUGGCUUUAGCACUGGGACACCUGGUGUCCUGUCUAAACACAGUGUCAUGUGACCAGGAAGGUCAAUAUCACUUCAUUGUGUAAUGUGUAUUCUCUUUUAACCUGCACAGGGAAAAUGUGCUCUAUGUGUUAUACACUGUAUCGCCAGAAAAAAAUAAAAUAAUAAUAAUAAUAAUAAUAGGGGGGGGGGCAGAGAGUAAUAGUCUGCAAUGACUUUACUUCCCUCUCGAGUGAUUUAGUCAUAAUGUGAACUCCCCGUGUUGCACAGUUUUGGUCCUCGUGAUGGACACGAAACCCACACGUCAGUCAGUGACUUUUUUGUGUUGUUUGUUUGUUUUUCCCCCCAGUAUGGGAAGUAUUAAAAAGAAAAAACCUCUAGAAAUUAUGCAAAUCAUUUACCUUCGAUGUUGGAGCGAGAUGAAAAGAGAAAUGUUUUUAAAAAGUAUCAGAUCGAACUUUUUAUAAGCUAUAACAUUUUUAAAUGAUAUUAAAUUGGUUUGACUAAUAA